CUUCCAUCCUUUGGCACAACUCAGUCUGGACUGUCAGUUGGAGGACUAACACAUGGGAAUGACACCACCUGUCAGAAGACGAGGUCUGAACCCAAAACCAGAGAGGAGUUCUUGAAAUAUUCCUGUCAGCUCACAUUGGAUCCCAACACAGCACAUAAAGAGCUGCGUCUGUCUGAGGGGAACAGGAAGGUAACAUGGAGUGAUAACGACCAGCUUUAUCCUGACCAUCCAGACAGAUUUACCACCUACGCUCAGGUGUUGUGUAGAGAGGGUCUGUCUGGAGCCUGCUACUGGGAGGUGGAGUGGACCGGAGUGGAGGUUUGUAUAGCUGUCUCAUAUAAAGGGAUCAGCAGGAGAGGACAUAAUGAGUGGUUAAGAAGCAGUAAUCAGGCCUGGUGUUUGGAGUGUGGUGCCUCUAGCUGCUACUUCUAUCACAAUGAUAAACAGACUGACAUACCAGUCCCCCGCUCCACCAGAGUAGUAGGAAUGUACUUGGACCACAAGGCAGGAACUCUGUCCUUCUACAGUGUCUUUGACACAAUGACCCUUCUCCACAGAGUCCAGACCAAUUUCACUCAACCCCUUUAUCCUGGGUUCUAUGUCACUACGUCUCUCAAGAUACUGACACCGACACAGUGAUGAGUUACAGUGAGUUACAGUUAUACAGUUAAAAUUAAGACAAGCAAAAGGGUCAGAAUAGUGACCGGAAAGAUCCAUAUUAUAAGAUGUUAAGAAGUAUUACCAAGUUUAAAUAAAUGUGCACAUAAAUUAUCCUGAUUCUAUUGCCUUAGUGCAUUUUUCUAAAAUGG